GUAGCAGUCACAGUACAAAUCCACGUUUUGUAAAGUCACUGCGUUGCUAAAGGAAACGGAAAAAGGAACAAACCUAAAAAUUAUUCAUACAUGGGAUUUUGACAGAGACAGUUCAAAUGUCUGGAUCUGUGCUCUGUUUGGUGAUAUUUGUAUUCAGUACAUAUACAGUCAGUCUUCAAUCAGCAGUGUUUCUUAAUCACAGGGAUGCUGUCCGGAUCCUGAGGCAUCGGCGAGCCAACUACUUCCUGGAGGAAAUGACACCAGGAGAUUUGGAACGCGAGUGUUAUGAGGAGACUUGCUCGAAGGAAGAAGCUGCAGAAAUCUAUCAAAGCACGGAGAAAACAUCAGAGUUUUGGUUUCGAUAUAAACGUCAGAGUCGAUGCCUUCAAAACGUGUGUUUGAAUGGAGGGGUUUGCACGGAAAGCGAAGGACUUUACGAGUGUGUGUGUCCACCACGUUUCAACGGAAAACACUGCGAGACAGAGGUGUUUGAGUGUGUGUACAAGAAUGGUGGAUGUCUUCAUUACUGCAGAGACUCACAACCGAUUGGUAAAAGUGUCACCUGCAGCUGUGCUGAAGGAUAUGAACUGGAGGAGGAUGGAAAGAACUGCAAAGUGACAGCACAAUUCCCGUGUGGAAAACAAUGGAUUCAGGGCAUUCUACAGCGCUCUUUAUUGGAUGAUCUAAACCACACCCACAUGGCAGAAAGCCCCACCCACUCCCCGCAAAACACCAGUCAAGUCACCUCCAACCACACCCACUCUACCGAGAACACCACUGACCCACUGUACACCAUACCCACCUCCGAUGACUCAGGAAUACGAAUUGUAGAAGGUGUGCAACAGCCCCAGGGUAGAAGUCCGUGGCAGGCUCUGUUACGCAGGAAAGAUGAGAAUGGGUUCUGCGGAGGGACACUGAUCAGUAAGCGCUGGGUUGUUACAGCAGCUCACUGUCUAGAGGAUGCACCCGAUCAUGUGACCCUUGGAGACUUUGAUAAAUUACUUCUAGACGUCGGCGAGCAGAGGAUCAAGGUCGAGAAGGUUAUCGUCCAUCCUCAUUUCCAUGAGUACACAUUUGACAGUGACAUUGCUUUGCUGUACCUGGCUCAGCCGGUCGUGUUCAGUACGGUCGUCUCUCCGGUGUGCUUGCCCAACACUCACCUGGCUAAACGACUGGAGCGACCAGGGGAGUACGGCCUAGUGACUGGCUGGGGUGCGAUUAAAUACCUCGGCCGUUCUUCACGAUACCUUCUAAAAGUGUCCCUUCCUGUAGUGGACCAGCAAGAUUGCAUGGAUUCCACCGAACAGGCGAUCACAGAUAACAUGUUCUGUGCCGGAUUUCUGCACACAAAGAAAGAUGCCUGCACUGGCGACAGCGGUGGACCUUUUGUAGUGAACUACAGGGGAACGUGGUUCCUGACUGGAGUGGUGAGCUGGGGUGAGAAAUGUGCUGCCGACGGAAAAUACGGCGUAUACACCAGAAUCAGCAAUUUCCUGUACUGGAUACUAGAUGAGAUUAAGAAACAGGAAGAGAUCAUUAACAUUAACACCAACCAAACCAAUGUCAGUUAGACCCUGGUUUCUUAUUAAUAGAACACAAUUCUAAUGAUGCCAGAUGUUUUUAGUUACGCUUUUUGAUGAAGAUGUUGGUGUAAAACUUGUGAAUUCUGAGUAUACGCCAGUAUUAAACAACAGUUCUAAACCA